AUGUUUGGCCGCACGGGUUUUCGAGUUUUCCGUGCCUCCAACUGGCGAUUUGGACAGUUCAGCUCGCCUAGAUGGAUGCACAUGGGGCCCAAGAGGCCACUUCCGCGCAGGUUGUCGGCAUCUGGCUGGAGUGUCUUCGAAGAUCUGAAGCUUGUGUCUUUUGGCUCACACCUAAUCUUCUUCAUGCUCCUACCCCCAUUCAUCAAGGAGUACACAACAAAAAUAGAUGUCGUGCGUGAGGACGCUCCGUCGGAAUUGGCUUUGGGGGAAUAUGGAUUACUGGCUAGUUACAUUAGACAGCGCCCGUUCGAGAAAGUGAGCUUCCUCCGGCCAGGCUUGCUUGAAACGCCUGCCAAUAAGCAAGAAACGCUAUCUGUCUUGAAUGACACGGUGCCAAGCUUUCCAUCGACUCCUGAUGAGCUGACUGAGUGCAUCGGCGUUCCUAUAUACCUGGAGAACACCAACUUGAGCGUUCCUAAGGAAAUUGACGAACUGCCGCGUCGGCUGGUCAGCAAGUUUAAAAACCCGAACGAAAACACCACAAUGCCUAAGAAAUAUCAAGAUGGCCGACGGCUGGUACGACACUACAGAAUGCAGCCGUACGCUGUGGAGGAUCAGUAUGACCCUGCUAACGUGUAUCAUCAGUUGGAACAGAAUUAUAGUCGACUGACGAGCUCGCAACAGUCCUCGCUGCAGUACGUUCUGAAUCUAUCGCGCAUUAUCGAACAGUACUUGAGUCGAACCACCAGCUUCCAAACAGAGUCAGACGAGAUUUUCAAGGUGGUUUUUUCGCAGCUUUACGAUCUAGAAUUGUAUUCUCUGGCCCAGGUUCUGAUGGAGGUCGUGCUCACCACUCCUAUGGAUGAUAAGAGCCGUGCCCUGAAAUCGGCACGAAAGGCACAUACGGAGAUCACACAGAGAUUCCUCAAGACGAAGGCUAAAGGAGAUCGGAUAACCUUGGCAAAAUCUAAGUUGAAGGGCAAAGUUGGCCAGUCGAGCUUGGAGAUAUACAACUACAAGUGGGCUCAGCUAAUCCUGAAAGAUUUGGGACUGUUUACGAAAGUUGUCGACCUCUGGACUAGACUUGAGACUGAUCCGAUGUCGCUUCUAAAUGCAGUUUUAGACAUUUGCAAAGGUAGCGGGCCGUCUGCAGAAGAAUUGCUAAACUUGCAGAAAGUGCUCGUGAAAGGUGGUCAUCAUGACAUGGCGCAAAAGAUCGCAGAAAGACUCCAAAACUGA